CAGCUAGAACCGCCACAUGGAAGUGACAGCACCAACAGCAGCAGACAUACAACAACUUCAGCGGACCAGAGUUCGCCCCAUAACCACCCAGGGCCUGUUCCAGACGGGAAGAGGAAGAAGGGCUCGCGUCGCUUCGCCAUGCCCGGUUUCUCUUCCAUUGACUCCAUCGAAUUAGCAGCCGCAGUGUUACAAUUUGUGGAAUUUGCCGCAAAGACCGCGACUGCCCUGCGCGCAUUGCGGACGGACCGCCAAGAGAUAAGGCAGCUCACCUUGACGCUCUCCCGAGUCUCGCUGGUCCUUAGCGAGAUGAGCGUGGUGGCGCGGACGUCAAUGUCUGGCGCCACGCAGCACCUGGCUCUCGAGCUAUUCCGGGAUAGCGAGGAGGCACUGGGGGUUGCUAUGAGCCUCAUUGGCAAGCUGGAAAGUUCUUCGUUCAAGAGGGCGAAGUGGGUUUGGCUGAAGGGAAGGGUCGUGGAUGCGACUAGGGAGCUGGAGCGUGUUGAUGGCAAGUUCCUCCUCGUGCUGCAGAUGCAUCAUUUCGAAGUGUUGGGCCAGACAUCCGGGCAGAUAGAUUCUAUACGGUCGCAGAUGGAUCUGACCCUGGAGUCUCUUGGUAGCUUGAGGUCUGUUGUUCGGACAUCCUGAGUUCUCAGAGCAGUAGACGCAGUCUGUCAGGACCGGUUAGCUGUAGAAUAGCACCCGUCUUCUGUCGCAUCAAGUGAACAGACUUGCGCAUGCUUCAUCUAAUCUGAAUGCUGUC